GCAGCGCCCCGUCUGCUUGCCGCGGCUAUAAAUCCCACAGGAAGCGCGCGCCGACUGUGACACCGCACCACCAGUUCUGCCGGCCGGGCCAACACACCACACGCAUGGAGCAGCAGCAUGAUGACCACGGUGCCAUGUACUCCAUGGGCGCCGCUACUCCCUCCUGCUCCUCCACCUCCACCUCCUACUGGUUGGACUCGUUCCCAUCCGACUUGAGCUUCAGCAGCGGCGAGAUGCUUGACGCCGAAAGGGAGAAGCCAACAGCCUCGGCGCCGUCGUACAUCGGCGUGCGCGCGCGGCCGUGGGGGCGGUUCGCGGCGGAGAUCCGGGACUCGACGCGGGGCGGCGCGCGGGUGUGGCUGGGCACGUUCGGCACCGCCGAAGCAGCCGCGAUGGCCUACGACCAGGCGGCGCUCUCGUCACGCGGCGCCGCCACGGCGCUCAACUUCCCGCUCGAGCGCGUCGAGGAGUCGCUCCGUGCCCUCGGCGCCACAGCCACAGGCAUGGCCGGGGCCGGCUCUCCCGUGCUGGCGCUCAAACGGCGCCACUCCAAGAGAAGAAGGCGCGGCAAGGCCGAGAUAGCGAACGAUGCGGCGACAUGCCGGAGGAGUAAUAUGAUCGUGGCCAUGGACACACGGUUCAUCGUGGAGCUGGAGGACCUCGGUGCCGAAUACCUGGACGAGCUUCUCAGGAUUACGUGUAAUACAGCUUACUAGUAAAUACAACACAGUACGUAACUCGGCUGUAGCAAAGCUUGAUCACCACCCCACACAUGAGGAGCUGCAAAAACACAACCGCUCCAACUUGGAGAAGAGUUUGUGCAAUUUGGUCAACUGUUAAUCCAUCGUCAAGCGUAUGUGUGUGAACAUUUACCGGCUUGCUUUUUUUGU